UCUCCUCCUCCUCCUCCUCGCCCCAACCUUCAACACUUUGCAGGAAGUCCCGGCACUUCCUGCGAAGAGGGCCGGCUGAGGAGGAGGAAGAGAGGAGAGGCGGGAGAGGAGCGGAGGCGCUUCGGGCCUCCUCGCGAGUAAUUGGAAGUGUUGUAAUUUGAACAAUGGAUGAACAAUCUCAAGGCGUGCCUGGUCCUCCAGUUCCUCAGUUUCAGCCACAGGUGAUGAUGCAGAAAGCCUUACGACCUGACAUGGGUUAUAAUACCCUAGCCAACUUUCGAAUAGAAAAGAAGAUUGGCCGUGGACAAUUUAGUGAAGUCUAUAGAGCGACAUGCUUGUUGGAUGGUGUGCCGGUAGCUUUAAAAAAGGUGCAGAUAUUUGAUUUAAUGGAUGCCAAAGCGCGUGCAGAUUGCAUCAAAGAAAUAGAUCUUCUUAAGCAAUUGAAUCAUCCAAAUGUAAUCAAAUACUAUGCAUCAUUUAUUGAAGACAAUGAGCUAAAUAUAGUGCUGGAGUUAGCGGAUGCUGGAGAUCUUUCUAGAAUGAUCAAGCAUUUUAAGAAGCAGAAGAGGUUGAUUCCUGAAAGGACAGUAUGGAAGUACUUUGUUCAGCUGUGCAGUGCCUUGGAACAUAUGCAUUCACGGCGGGUCAUGCAUCGAGAUAUCAAACCAGCCAAUGUAUUCAUUACUGCUACAGGAGUAGUAAAACUUGGAGAUCUUGGACUGGGAAGAUUUUUCAGUUCUAAAACCACAGCUGCACAUUCAUUAGUGGGAACACCUUAUUACAUGUCUCCAGAGAGAAUCCAUGAAAACGGAUAUAACUUCAAAUCAGACAUCUGGUCCCUAGGAUGUCUCUUGUAUGAGAUGGCUGCAUUGCAAAGUCCAUUCUAUGGUGACAAAAUGAACUUGUAUUCCUUGUGUAAAAAGAUAGAACAAUGUGACUACCCACCUCUUCCAUCAGAUCACUACUCAGAAGAGCUGCGACAAUUAGUUAAUAUGUGCAUCAACCCAGAUCCAGAGAAGCGGCCAGAUAUAACCUAUGUUUAUGAUUUAGCAAAACGUAUGCAUGCACACACCGCCACCAGCUAAAAGACCUGGAUACUUACGAAGAGAAUAGCAACCUGGAAACUUUCAACUAUUGUUGUAUAAAUGCUCUUCCACAUUUUUUUCUAUUUGCCUGUUGCCUUAAAUUUAGUUACAUGCAAUGAGCAUGUUUAAAGAAUUUUGUCAUGGAGUUAAUGACUUUAAACUACUUACAUUUUUAAAAAUAAAAAUAUAUUGUAAAAUACAACAGUUUUAAAAAUGACUAGGAGUCCUUGCCAAUGGAGGAAAAUUACAAUUUCAUGUAUAUUAUUAGAUGAGGAGUUGAUAUAUGUUUCCAGUAUUUGGUUCUUAUAUAUGAAUGUUGCAAAUUUUUAUGUAAAUACAGAUACUGUAUUCCUACAAGCAAAAAUAUUGAUACCCCUUUGUUUUUAAUUUAUAGAAAUCCUGAAUCAACACCAUUUAUUUCUCAUUACUUUUAUUUUGCCUCCUUCUUCUUGAGGCCUUUAAUUAUUGAAUUUUACAAUAUUGCUUGCCCAGAUAAAUGUAGAUAGAAACCAUUUUAUUGGCUGUCGAACUUCAAUACUGAAUGUGAAUAAAAUGAGGGCUUUGUUUUUUUAGAAACUGUCCAACACUGAAAAAAAUAUAGCCGUGAACUGUUUGUUUUUGUUGUACAGUAACUUAACUCCAAAAUACACACUCUUAUUUCAUGAAUUUGUUUUAUGCAGUACCUUGUUCCACCAGCCUGUUGGGUGAGUAAGAAAGAAUUGUACAUUUGCACAGUGCCUUGUAUUUUGGUUGGAUCAUUCCCCACAUUGGUAGCUAGAUUUAACUUUACCAGCAUUUCCAAUCCCCUUAAUUUCAGUGUCACAACACUGAGCAUAUGAAAUCAGGAGUGUGGAGAAAAAGUGUUAAGGAGAGCUGAAUUGUCCCUUCCUGUUGUAGUAAAUCAGUUAAUUGCAUAGAAACACAUGGAUCUUUGUAACAGUGAUCUUUCUAGAUUGAAGAGAAAAUUGCUUCAAAGAGCUGACCUUUUUAUAUUACUUUUGCAAAGUUAGAUACAUAUAUAGCUUAUUCAGAUGCUUUUCCAUGCUUGAAUGAUUUUGAAGUCUAAUUCACACUCAAAACUUGAGACCUGGAGGAGUUGGGAUUAGUUCAUUGUAGACAUGUAUAGGAGUACACUGCAUAUUGUAUGAGACCUAAUUUAUAUAACAUAUAUGCUGUUCGGCAGAUGCAUGAAAAUUCAUACCUGGAAUAGUUUUGCUAUGCAUUAUAGUGUCUGUUUGAGUCAGUGAGUAGUACAUAGGGUUUUUUUACAUGGCUGAAAACUGGUGACAGGACUACAUUAUGGGACAGAGCUAAACUUUAUGGCAGUAUACAGACUUUGUGGCAGACAGGAAUUGUUAAAUCUACAAAAAUGGAAAAACUGCUUCCUAAAUAAUUCAUUAUGUUUUUUACAUCGCUAGUUUUAUUUACAGAAAUACUAUCUUAAGGAAGUUGCAUUUUGUGCCUUUUAAAGAAUAUUCUGAACGAAGCCAUAGUUAACUGGAUAAUUAGUUAAUUAGAUCAGUGUCCCAGGAUUAUUCCCUAUUUUCAAGGGCCUGGAAGAAUAUUUAUUUUUGAGUGGGAAAGCAUUAAAUUGUAAUUUGAGGUGUUGAUCACUUCUAAAUUUCUUGAAAUAUUAAAAUGUUUUACUUUAUAAGGAUAAUUUCAGCAAGAGUAUGAUGUGGCAUUAUUUGCAAAUAGUUGACACUGAAAGAAACUUUACAGCACUGUUGAGUGGUUUCAUCCCGACAUUACUGGGCUGCAGUUCCCAUUGUCCUAGAAGUGUCGCCAGUGGUGGAGAAUUAUGGGAAUUUUAGUCUAACAUUUGAAAGAUCACACUUUUCCUAUCCCCGCUUUACAGUAUUUCUUUAUAAAUAUUAAUCCUAACAGGUUUAACUAAUUCACAAUGGAGUGUCUCCUUCCUCCAUUCUUUUCUACUUUCUUCUUUAUUUUAAUUGCUAUAAAAUUAUGAAUAAUAAGCAAAACAUAUAUGGAAACUCCCUGCUGGGGCUUAUGUUGAUGUUGCCUUUUUCAUUUUUUGUAAUAGACUGCAGUGGUGAUACUGCCUCCACACUAUUGUUUUGUUUAACGUCUGGCAGAAUUGUGAAGGGUACAUGCAUGGUACUUCUUCUCUAUAUAAUGUAAGAGUCAGCCAUUCCAGGAUCCAUAGCAAAGGCCUCUGACAAACCUAUAUAUGGAGAUGAUCAUCAGCAAUGUUCUAUACAGAAAUGACUCCCACUAUGCUUGUCACAGGAUCUCUAGAUCUUGUGUCAAGCAUAGUGAGAGUCAUUUCUGUAUAAAGCAUUGCUGUGCUAGGUGCUCAGAUAUGUUUAUCCUAAUUGCAGAGGGUCUGCUUAGCUGUCUUGGGCAGUGUUUCCUUGGUAAAUUGUGGUAUUCAUCACUUUGAUGACCAUCUCUGUCAAUUUCCCAAAUUUUGCAUUUCCAUCCAAGGGAUGCUAAACUCAGUAGAGAAUCUGUGGCCCUCCAGAUGUUGAUAGCCUAAAACUCCCAUUGGUCCUAACCACCAUGGUCAGUGUUGAAGAGUCAUGGGAAUUGCAUGCCCAUAUAACCUUUGAAGGACCUUAAGUCCUUCAUUCCUACCAGAUACACCUGAUGGAAUGUCUUUUGGGCUUGAUUGCCAUCAUUUGGACAGUCCUAAACCAGAAACUUUGUAUUGAUACACUUUGUGCUUAGGACCUCUCAUUUAUAUUAAUGCAUAUGUAGUUUUCAAAAAGCAGAAACAACCAUUGGCUGUAUGGAACCAUAAGCGAGUUGGUUGAGCACAAAGAAAGGGAAUGAAUACCAUAGUUUUCACUAUAAGGUUUCCCAAGACCCUAGAAUUGUUUUGCAUCUCAUUCCCUUAGGAAUGAGGCUAAAAUUACAUUUGCUUUGAAAAGCAGCAUAGUGUAGGGCAGUUACUUACCAGUGAUCAAUGAGGGUCAAAUAAGUAUCCAAUAAUAUGCUGCUGUUUUUUUCUAGAAGCAAAUGUAAUUUCAGACCCAUUCAUUAAACAUCGCAAGAAAAAAAAACCACACAAACAAAGUCUUAUGAAGCCUUCUAAUGAAAACUACGACAUUACCAAAACCAGCUUGUCUUCUGGUAUGUUUCUUUCCCCUGACUCCUUUAAGAGUAUUUAAAAGGAUUGAAGGCAAAAAGUUGCUGCAUUUAACUUAGCAGCCUGAUUUCUUUUUAGUUUGGUAUAAGUCUCACUAAAUUUAAUAGGAUUUUCUCCCAAAUAAACUGACAAAUGCCAGAUUUAAUUUUUUUUCAAAUGCAUCUCUAAUUGCAAGACAAAAAACAUUUUGGAAACCAGAAAACUGCUUCUAAAAUAAAGUCAUGUUGAUAGUCAAUUCAAUCCUAAGGGAUUGAGUGUGAUGCUUCCGUUUCAGAGUCAAUGAAAUUACUUACAGAGUUUCGAAAAGUUGCAUUUUGAGCCACUGCUCACAGAAUCCUCCCAAACAGCUGAUAGGGGAAUCGGGAAAAUGCAAUCCAACAGUUUAACUUUUCAAAGCUCCACCUUAUUUAAUUGCAAUGUCAUCUAGGGAUAAGAUUUUCAGUAAGAGUAUUUACAUAUAACAAUUACUGCUUAAUGAAAGCCUUAACUUUUUUUUCUUUAGCACUAGUGGGAAAUACUCUUCUAGACAUAUAUGCUGAUGCUUUAAACAUUUUCUGUAUUUAUUUUAUCUGAACAGUUGUUUGCACCAAGAAUGCUUAUUCUUUGAAAUGAAUGUAUUAUUCAGUAAUCAAAACAUGUAUGCAUUUUCCUGGCUUUAUAAUCCAGUAAUAUUGUUAAUAGUUUUGACUUCAUAAAUACUUAUAUUUUUGUUUUUAUUUUAUGCUGUCUUCACUCACUGUACACAAAGACUGUGCUCUGUUUGGAAAUGUAUAUUGUACAAGAAUAUAGAUAAAGGAUGCACACAUUAAAUAUAUUGUAAAUUAAAA